GUAAAGUUCUUCAUCAGCCACGUAGAGGGAUGAGAGAGAUUCUCUGAGAAAAGAAACCCUAACAAAAACCCUGCCCUCUGCCAAGUCUCUCUGUGAUCGGAAAACAUGGUGGUUGGUCUAAGAGAGUUCUCCCUCAGAAACGUCGAUGGCUCCGGGUCACCGGUCCUCGACGAAUCAAACGGCGAGGAGCUUAUGCACGUGCAGCCCUCCGUCGCCGUCGCUCUCGGCAACCGCUCCGUGGAGUCUCCCGGAACUCUCUACAUCACUUCCAGGAAAUUGAUUUGGCUGAGUGAUGUAGACAUGGCGAAAGGCUACGCCGUUGAUUUCGUAUCGAUAUCGCUUCACGCGGUUUCUAGAGAUCCAGAGGCUUAUUCAUCUCCUUGUUUAUAUACUCAGAUUGAAGUUGAAGAAGAAGAAGAUGAUGAAGAUGAGGAUGAAGAAGAAGAAUCAACUGGUGUUUUGGAUUUAUCUAAGAUCAGAGAGAUGAGGCUUGUUCCUUCUGACUCUACCCAGUUGGAUACUCUGUUUGAUGUGUUCUGCGAAUGUGCUGAGCUCAAUCCAGAACCAGUUGAAGAAGAAGAAGAAGAAAGUGGACAUAACUGGGUGUUUAGUGCUGAUCAGAUGGUUGUUGGUGGAGGAGCGGAAGAAGAUGCAGAAUGGCAAAUAUCUCAGAGCCCGACGAGUGUAAUUGGUCUACCCAUUGGAGAUGAAGGUCUUGCUCAGCCUAUGCUCGAUCUCCAGAUCAAUGAUCAGAGGUUUGACGAUGCUGAGGAGAUGGUUCAUGAAAGUGAAACCAAAGACCACUAAUCUGCUCACUAAUAAUGUAGUACUCUAAAACAGAGUUGUUUCUUAUGUUAAACACAACGUGUUCUUCAAAGUUCAUGUGCUUUGUUAAAUAUGCGCUAAGACUUGGAACGUUAUGCUUAUCUUAUCG